CGGUCGAGAAAUCCUUUGCCAGGCUCCCUUCUCAACCGGUCCUGGGCGGCUGGGAGCCCUUUGAAACCAGUGAUUACAACCCCCAAAUUCAGGAGAAGGAGGAGACGCCGGCAGCGCGAGCAAGCCAGACGCAGAGGAGAGCAGCUUUCUGCGGGGGGACUCUUUCUGAUUUCCACGGCUUCUCUUCGCCCACUCCCAACUCAAGGCAUGGACCCACCGCGCCGGCCGCCCUGGUCCCCGCUGCUCUUCGCCCUCCUGUUUCUUCUUCUGCCCUACGGCCGGGGACAAGAAGCAUCAAUGGAGACCUGCUGUUCCCGUGGAUAUGAAUGGGCAAGUCAAAAGAAAGACUGUAGGUUUCUCUCUUCAGAUCGGGAUUCCAAAGAAUGCAGGAUAGCCCAGGAACAGUGCUGCCUCAGCCAGCUGGAGGUGUUGCAUUGCACCACUGGAAUGGCCAUGGCUAGUAAGCAAGAAAAUUGUGAUUUGCCAAGGGAGAAUUCCACCUGUGAAGACAAGAUCAUUAAGAAAUGUUGUCACUGCUGCGUUUUGGGGAAAGAGGCCCAGAAACAAGGCAAUAGCUGUGAACAGAGCCUUUUAAUGGGUUAUCAGUGUGGAUUGGUGUUCAGAGCUUGCUGUGUCGAAGGGCAUGAAAACUCGGAUGCUGGGAUUGUUGACGGUCCUAACAAAGAACUGGUGGAAAUUAAUCUUGAGGAUCAUUACCUGAAUGACCGUUGCAGAGGUGGAGGACCUUGUACCCAACAAUGUAGGGACACAGGGACCAGUGUCCUCUGUUCUUGCUUCAUGGGCUACCAGCUUCAACCAGAUGGCUUCACCUGUGAAGAUAUUAAUGAGUGCAUCACUUCAGCCAAUGCCUGCAGCAUCGGUCAGAUCUGUGUGAAUACUGUGGGCUCUUUCCGUUGCCAGCGCGAGACGAGUUGUGGGACGGGUUAUGAGCUGACAGAACACAAUCUCUGCAAAGAUAUUGACGAAUGUGAGACUGGUAUUCAUAACUGCCUCCCCGAUUUUAUCUGUCAGAAUACGCCAGGAUCAUUCCGUUGCCGGCCCAAACAACAGUGUAAGAUCGGCUUUAUACAAGAUGCUCUCGGCAACUGUAUCGAUAUUAACGAAUGUUUGACUCUUGCUGCUCCUUGUCCUGCUGGGCAGGCCUGCAUCAACACAGAUGGCUCAUUUGCUUGCCAGAGGAAUGUCCCAAACUGUGGAAGAGGCUACCACCUGAACGAAGAGAAGACCAGAUGUGUUGAUGUAGACGAGUGUUCAGGGUCCCCCCAACCUUGCGGAGAAGGUCACACCUGCAUCAACUCCCCUGGGAGCUAUCGUUGCCAGUGCCAGCUGGGCUACUAUUUUGAUGGGAUCAGCAGAACUUGUACAGAUGUUAAUGAAUGUCGCCGAUACCCUGGUCGCCUCUGUGCUCAUAAGUGUGAAAAUACUGCUGGGUCAUAUUAUUGUAGCUGUACAAUGGGAUUCAAACUUUCAUCUGACGGGAGAUCUUGUGAAGACUUAAAUGAAUGUGAAAGCAGCCCCUGCAGCCAGGAGUGUGCCAAUGUCUAUGGCUCCUACCAGUGCUAUUGCCGUCGCGGCUACCAGCUCAGUGACAUAGACGGGGUCAACUGCGAAGAUAUUGAUGAAUGUGCUUUACCAACGGGGGGACACAUCUGUGCUUAUCGGUGCAUCAACGUGGCAGGAAGUUUUCAAUGCACCUGCCCCCUUUCGGGUUACAAGCUGGCCCCCAACGCACGGAACUGUCAGGAUAUUGAUGAAUGCCUUACUGAAACCCAUACCUGUUCACACAACCAGACCUGCUUUAAUAUUCAAGGAGGAUUUCGCUGCCUUUCUCUGGAAUGCCCGGAGAAUUAUCGCAAAUCGGGAGAUACAGUCAGACAUGAGAAGACAGAUACCAUUCGCUGCAUUAAAUCCUGUCGACCGAGUGACGCCAACUGUAUCUUAGACCCUGUUCACACGAUUUCCCACACCGUUAUCUCUCUGCCCACUUUCCGGGAAUUUUCGAGACCAGAAGAGAUUAUUUUCCUUCGUGCCAUCACGCCAGCAUACCCGAGCAACGAGGCUGACAUCAUAUUUGAUAUAACUGAAGGAAAUUUACGGGAUUCUUUUGACAUCAUCAAGCGCUAUGCAGAUGGCAUGACUGUGGGGGUCGUUCGACAAGUGAAGCCCAUCAUUGGUCCUUUCUACGCCACCCUGAAGUUGGAGAUGAACUACGUCGUUGGCGGGGUUGUCUCACAUCGUAAUGUUGUCAACGUCCACAUCUUCGUUUCGGAAUAUUGGUUCUGAUGGGCUAUUUAAUGAAGAGAAGAGAGCCGUCAAAGUGAAACCCCACCGCAAAUUAUCUGGAAGCUGUGUAUUCAUGGUUGGGGGGGUGGGGGGGGUGAGGAUGUGGAGAAAAAGGACCCUGUAGCCUUCUUUUCCAAGGAUGUAAUCUGGUUUCUAGUUUAAUUGCAGGACAAAUUAGCAAUCUAUCUACAAUAGAAGUAGGAUGUCAAUGCCUGUAAAUUCAUGGUAGUUAACAUUGUGUGUUGUAUAUACAGUAUGAUUAUUAUUUUUUUUGCAUCUGGUUAUUUUUUUUGAACCUCUCGUUGAGUUGUAAUCAAGUUAAGUGCUUGAGACUGGAUUUUGCAGGCCCGAAUCUUGCUGUCUUUGAUGCUUCCACCUCCUUGAACCUCUUACCUGGCUAUGGUUUUUUUUUUAAAUUGUAGAAUUUUUUAAAAACAAUCUUCUUGUCAUCUGGAGUCAGGACUAACUCCAGCUGAUUGGGUUUCUUGCUACCGGCAUUGGACCCCCUGCCCCCGAAUUCCAGUUACAACAGUAGUAAGUCCAGGGGAUUGUUUAGUAAUACUUUAGAUCCCUGUAUUACCUGGCUGUGUACUUUGGUUUCUUUUAAAUUUGAGUGUGUCAUUAAAGGAACACUGGACAACCAGGCAAGAGAAUGGUGGAAAACUGAGCCGUUUAGUGCCCAGGAUCUUCAGCAUAGAGUUCAAAAAGCAAACUCUCUUUCUAAUGCUGCAGUCAGACUGAAGUAUACAUCUCAAUCCAAGAAGAUCCCGGCUUGGUGGGAUUAGUAUCCAUGCCCAGGAGGUUUGCUUCUCAAAGAGGACACCGAGUCUUCAGCUCACAUAAGGGACUUCUUUGGUUCUCUUUAAAAAUUAAUCUCCCUUGAAAUUGUAGGUGUGGUACAUGCUUUGUCGAAAGCGCUGGAAGCCCCCCCACGCACACACACACACACACAUAUAUGACUUCUUUCUUUUCUGCAAUAAAACAACUUAUCUUACCGUUUCUGCUAUCAGCUGAUUCAUGAAUGCAGGUUUGAUUUUUAAGAGUAGAAAUUAUUGCUGCCUGCCUGUGUGAAGUAUGGCGGUAGUAUCUGUGAGAGACCCACAAGGAUUUUUAACUUGAUAUCGAGACACCAAAUACACAAGUACAAUUUCUCACAAAUGUUCGGUGAUGCAUUUUGAGACAUUAAAAAGGUAGGAGACCUCUUUGGGGGCUUUAAGCAUCCACUGAUGAUCAACUGAAUUAAAUGAUUCUUGUCAGUUUGAAGAAGCAGAAAGCUUUCACAAAUGGGAAAUGAGUGGCGGUGGGUUUCACAUUAUGUUAGUACCGUUUCGCCACGCACACGCAUGCUUGCUUUGUGCAUACGCGUCCCCUGUUUGUAUGUGCGCCUCCCUUCCGUGCAUGCGCCUGGCCUUCCACGCAUGUGCUUUGCUCGUGUGUACAUCUUCCGCACAUGUGCCCAGCCUCAAAAACGUGCCUAAAUAGGAUGGCAUAGAGUCAGGGUGAGUGGCCAGGCCCACUCGCUAUUUCCACUACCGGUUCGGGUGAACCGGUCUGAAUACCGUCUCUUGAAAUGAGUAUUUUUAGAUCCGUGAUGGCGAACCUAUGACAUGCGUGCCAGAGGUGGCAUGGAGCACCUUCUCUGUGGGCAUGCAAGCUGUUGUCCCAGCUCAUCUCUGCCGCGCAUAUGCACUCGACUCUCGCUGGCCAGCUGGUCUUCAGGUCUCUGCCAUGCAUGCAGGGGGGGCAUAUAUGCGGAGGGUGCAUUGCAUUUGAGGGAUUCGUGCGCACACAUUCACACGUGCACGCUUUGGGCACUCGGUUCAAAAAAGGUUAGCCAUCACUGUUUUAGAUGAAUGGCUAAGUAGUGUGAAUAUGGAAACUACAGACAUUUUGUAAUGUGUCUGGGUCAAUUUUGUUGUCAGGUUGUGGCCCUAAGGCAGGGGUCUGCGAACUUGGCUCUUUUAAGACUUGUGGACUUCAACUCCCAGAAUUCCUCAGCCAGCAAAGCUGGCUGAGGAACUCUGCGAGUUGAAGUCCACAAGUCUUAAAAGAGCCAAGUUCGCAGAUCCCUGCCCUCAGGCAAGAAACAAUGGUUGAUGUUCACAAAACAUGAAGAGAAUGUAAACAUGGCGUCCCUUUUAAUUCAUCUAGUGCAGGGGUGUCCAAACUUGGCCCCUUGAAGAGUGGUGGACUUCAACUCCCAGAAUUCCCCAGCCAGCAUGAGCUAUAAAUAUGAGCAAGUUGCUGGCUGGGGAAUUCUGGGAGUUGAAGUCCACCACUCUUCAAGGGGCCAAGUUUGGACAUCCCUGAUCUAGUGCCUAAUGAGGCAGUAGGCUUCUUCAGGUUGACCACGUAUCUGUUUUCCAAGCUUUUUCAGAAGUCUCAUGACUUACCCUCAUCCCAAUGAUACAUUAUUUUUUUUGAAGGGUGAGGAAAUGUCUCAGCUAAAAGUUUAUACUCUUUCUCACUAAUAAUCUGUAAGGUUUCUUUAGAAAAAAGGACUGGAAUUACUCUGCUAUAAGCUUUCAAUCUGUUGAACAACAAAAAUGAGCCUGUAAUUUUUGAAAUGCCUAUCAACAUGCAAGUUUUACAUGUAUUUAACUUUUCUCAUGCUAAUAUGCUAUUUGAUUGCAACAUUAAAAAAUAUAACCUGUG